UAAAAUGCAUGUAAAAUAAGUAAACAGAAAACUUGAGCCAAUUGAACUAAAAAAUUGGUUGAAAUUUGAAACUGGGCAAAUAAAUAGUGAGACAAGACAAGUCCUAGUAAAUGCAAAGACAUGGAAGUUCUGCAUUAAACAUGUGGCCAGGCUGUAACUACCUACGGAACACAAGGCUACUAACUCACGAAUCAUGAGAAUAUUCUUCUAGUAAUUGUAAUCCCCAAAAGAAAACUAGACAACCUUAAGUUCUCUCUUAAUUUGUAAAGUUCAAAAACUUGAAAACCCCAAAAGAAAAUAAAGAGUAGCAAGAGAAACAUCAAGUGUGGAUGGAAUCAUACUGUAAUACUCAAGCUGUCUGUUUUCAAUUAAAAUGCGUGGGUAAGUAUCAUCAUCUCACCAUGCAUUUAUUUACUUUUUUUUUUUUUUGGCAUUUAUUUACUUGUUGUACAGUUUAUUUUUAAAAAAAUUAUUACUGUCACGUUUUUAAAUGAUUAUCAAUGCAAUAUAGAGAUAAAGUUGCAGGGCAGUUUCCGAUAGCUCUCUCGGGUCAGAAACCAGAAACAUAAGAUUUAAAGAAAGAUACAAAAUUUGGAUAUUGGCUAGUGCAAACUGAAUAAAAGGCAAACCUCUUCUUUCUUCUUUUAUCAGUCCAUUUUUCACUUUCCACUUGUCAAUAUUAUAUGUUAAAGGUGGUAACCAACAAAAAAGACAGGCUUUGUCUUAACAGAAAUGGGAAGAGAAUGCUCUAAAUGCAAGAAAAAAUCCAAUGAAGCUAAUGGCUGCGUCACUGCACUUUACUACUUUUUUCAUUUCCACCAAUUUUACUUUCCUUCACGUCAUCAUCAUCACCAACCUAGUAGUGUUGAUUCUAACUCAAGAACUCCAAAAGGCUUGGUAGCACCACGAAACAGCUUGGACUUAACAGAGGAGUCUCCAUUAUCAACCAACUACAAGCUGGAAAACGAAAGCUUGAACAUCCAUGUGGGCAGGAAGAAUUCAACACUUAGAGCUCUUCUCGUUGAUACAUACUCUAAUAACUGCAGCUCACCUCGCACCAAGUCACCAAACGUUGUGGCUAGACUCAUGGGUCUUGAUCUUCUUCCAGAUAACUUAGACCUUAACAGAUCAUCCAAGUAUAGUGUACGAGGACAUAGGCUCUCCGGGAAUGGCUCAGGGACAAGAUCAUUACCUGCGAGCCCUAGGAUCUCCUCUGAUUCCGAAAAUUGCCGCCUCACUCUUCAGCUAAACAGAGAGAAGAAUAAGCAUGAAGAGUUUGGGCGUAGGAGGCUGAAAGAGUUGAAACACGAUGAGCAAAGUCCACGUCCAAAACAUAAUGGGAGGCAAAUAAAAGAGAGCGUCACCACCAGAAAAUUUGGUAUGGAUAUAACAAACUUGCUUGAGAACAAAAGGGCAGGAGCAGCAGCACAAAACAGGAUUGAGCACAGCAGGUUUUCACAGAAAGAGAACACAACAAGCACUAAUCCCACAAUCGUGUUAAGACAAGAUCACAUCUCUCAGCAACCAAAAAAGGUGACUCUUUCAAAAGAUUUCAAGGAUAACCUGAACCGAGCAAAUGAACAGCCGCUAAGACCUGGUAACGGAUGGAAGAAAACAGAGAGUGAAGCAAAAGUCUCUCCUCAUCCAACACCACCCAAUAAUAGAAACAAGCAGAGAUCAACACCCUCAAAAUCUAGUGAUUGUUGUGAUCUUAUAGAGAAGAAGCAAUGCAAGAAAAUAUCUGUAGCAUCAUCAGCUUUCUCUGCCACAGAACGUCCUCGGAAACAGAUAAAAAGAGCUGAAGAACAGGAGCGGAAGUCAGAUGCGACGAUAUGCUCUGGUCAAAUGUACAAAUACGAGAAGAAGCUUCCUCAAGAACCGCCAAGUUCCAAAUUUUACGAUUCGACCACCAUUACUGUUACCUUAGCCAACGUAAGAGACACCAAAAAGGAUAUUUCGGGGACGAAGAAACUUGAAGAGGAAGAGGAAUGGGUCGUCGCAGAGAUUGAGCGGCAAAUCGUAGACGCACUCGUGCAGGAAACGGUGGAAACGACGUCGUUUACGGGUCUAAACGCACGCGCUGUUAGAUUUGAGAGGACUUUUGGUUAUAUUAAAACAGCUUCUGCGUUUUAACCCUAACGAAUAACGAGAGAUACGACGUCGUUAUGGGUCUAAACGCUGUUAGAUUUGUGAGGCAUUGAGGGCUUUUGGUUAUAUUAAAACAGCUUCUGCGUUUUAACCCUAACGAAUAACGAGAGAUUCGACGUAUAACAAUGUGCGUUUUGCAUGAUUACAUCUCGCUGUUACUAAUUUGGCUGUAACCUAUUCAUAGUUCAAAUUUCUAAAACUAGUACAUAUUCCAGACAUUUUUUUAACUAUUUAGCUGUCAAAAAUAUUAAAUGUAUGGAGUUAAUAGCCCAAUGGUACAUUCGUACGUAAAACUUAGCUUCUGGAGUAUGAUAUCAAAUUAUCAAUGAUGUUACAAAGUUUGACUAUAACGUUUAAAAAAAAAAAAACUCAAACAAC